GGCACACACAAACAGAUAGGAGAAGGGCACCGGCUGAAGCCACUUGAAGGACUGACUGACGGUUCUUAACAACGAAACUCUAGCAGCGUGAGGAACUAAAAGCCAGGUUUAAUUGGUUUCUUUUUCUCGUGGGUAGAGUUAAUAUUUUUCUACUUAUUUUGACAAAGCAAUAACCCCGAAGCACAUUCCUAGUUCCCACCUGCUUUUAGUUUCCGGUGUAGCCUAAACUCCAGAGAGCCUUAGCAUCCACUCGGUCCUUUCUGCUUUGUACACAGAUGGGGUGGCUGGACGAGAGCAGCUCUUGGCUCAGCAGAGAAUGCACAGUAUGAUCAGCUCAGUUGAUGUAAAGUCAGAGGUUCCUGUGGGCCUGGAGCCCAUCUCGCCUUUAGACCUAAGGACAGACCUCAGGAUGAUGAUGCCCGUGGUGGACCCUGUAGUCCGUGAGAAGCAACUGCAGCAGGAGUUACUCCUCAUCCAGCAACAGCAGCAAAUCCAGAAGCAGCUCUUGAUCGCAGAGUUUCAGAAACAGCAUGAGAACUUGACACGGCAGCACCAGGCUCAGCUUCAGGAGCACAUCAAGUUGCAACAGGAACUUCUAGCCAUAAAACAGCAACAAGAACUGCUAGAAAAGGAGCAGAAACUGGAGCAGCAGAGGCAAGAACAGGAAGUAGAGAGGCAUCGCAGAGAACAGCAGCUUCCUCCUCUCAGAGGCAAAGAUAGAGGACGAGAAAGGGCAGUGGCAAGUACAGAAGUAAAGCAGAAGCUUCAAGAAUUCCUGUUGAGUAAAUCAGCAACAAAAGACACUCCAACUAAUGGAAAAAAUCAUUCCGUGAGCCGCCAUCCCAAGCUCUGGGCUGCCCACCACGCGUCAUUGGAUCAAAGCUCUCCACCCCUGAGUGGAACGUCUCCAUCCUACAAAUACACAUUACCAGGAGCGCAAGAUGCAAAGGAUGAUUUCCCUCUUCGAAAAACUGCCUCUGAGCCCAACUUGAAGGUGCGGUCCAGGUUAAAACAGAAAGUGGCAGAGAGGAGAAGCAGCCCCUUACUCAGGCGGAAGGAUGGAAAUGUUGUCACUUCAUUCAAGAAGCGAAUGUUUGAGGUGACAGAAUCCUCAGUCAGUAGCAGUUCUCCAGGGUCUGGCCCCAGUUCACCAAACAAUGGGCCAACUGGUAAUGUUACUGAAAAUGAGACUUCGGUUUUGCCCCCUACUCCUCAGGCUGAGAAAAUGGUUUCACAGCAGCGCAUUCUAAUUCACGAAGAUUCCAUGAACCUGCUCAGUCUUUAUACCUCUCCCUCUUUGCCCAACAUUACCCUGGGACUUCCAGCAGUGCCAGCCCAGCUGAAUGCUUCAAAUUCACUCAAAGAAAAACAGAAGUGUGAGACCCAGACACUCAGGCAAGGCGUUCCCCUGCCUGGGCAGUAUGGGGGCGGCAAUCCGGCAUCUUCAAGCCAUCCCCAUGUCACUUUGGAGGGAAAGCCCAACAGCAGCCACCAAGCUCUCCUGCAGCAUUUAUUACUGAAAGAACAAAUGCGACAGCAAAAGCUUCUUGUGGCUGGCGGAGUUCCCUUACAUCCUCAGUCUCCCUUGGCAACAAAAGAGAGAAUUUCACCUGGCAUUAGAGGUACCCACAAAUUACCCCGUCACAGACCCCUGAAUCGAACCCAGUCUGCACCUUUGCCUCAGAGCACGUUGGCUCAGCUGGUCAUUCAGCAGCAACACCAGCAAUUCUUAGAGAAGCAGAAGCAGUACCAGCAGCAGAUCCACAUGAACAAGCUGCUUUCGAAAUCUAUUGAACAACUGAAGCAACCGGGCAGUCACCUCGAGGAAGCGGAGGAAGAGCUUCAGGGGGACCAGGCGAUGCAGGAAGACAGAGCGCCCUCUAGUGGCAACAGCACUAGAAGUGACAGCAGUGCUUGUGUGGAUGACACAUUGGGACAAGUUGGGGCUGUGAAGGUCAAGGAGGAACCAGUGGACAGUGAUGAAGAUGCUCAGAUCCAGGAAAUGGAAUCUGGGGAGCAGGCUGCUUUUAUGCAACAGGUAAUAGGCAAAGAUUUAGCUCCAGGAUUUGUAAUUAAAACGCCUCCUGGGGGCGCUGGUGGGGGGAAGGUGCGCAGUCGCAGCAGCGCCCGGCUUCCCGCCCCCGCCCCCGCCCCCGCCCCAGCGUCUCGCAUCGCGUCCAACGUAGACGGCGCCUACUUCCUCACCACCCGCCAGAUGCCCUGUAGGGAUCCGAAAUCCUUCCUGUACCGUUCGCGCCAGGCUGACUCCGACCUGGACUCUGACAAGGGUGCAACCGAGAGAAUGGGACAGCAGACCAUCACAGGCGCGGGUGAAGCAUGCGUACCGCCGGCUUCAGUUGAAGAGGCGCUCACGCAGGUGGCGUCCAUCACGUAUGAGGGCGGGAAAUUAGAGCACCUGGGCAGCAUCAGGUCUUCCUGCAACUGGGGGAGUGGAGCCCAGGCCGAGUUCCUCUGCGUGCCCUCUAAAGAGCUGCAAGACUCGCUGUCCGGCCCCACAGUGAGCCCAGCGAGAAAGGCAGGCUUUUUGCAAGAAGGAUAUGCAGCGAACCACCUUCUCAGGAAGUUUGGCCGUGGGAAGAGACCUGCGUUUGACGAUUUACCUGUAGAUCCAGGUGUGAGUCCUUUUCUGCCUCUUAAGUUGAUGCUGAGUCACGGGACCAGCCGUCCGAGGCCGCAUGCGCGCUUGCACCGGAGGCCAGCUGGCGGUGGGCGUCCCUUGGGGGCCCUCCCUCGGUUUUUCCAAGUGCAGCCCGGGCCUGAAGCUUCCGAAUCACCGAAGAUCAUUAAAGGCGACGCUCCUGGGGGAGCCAGUAGCCCUGUCGAUAUGCCUCUGUCUGGCCUGGGAUGGAAGUCGGGGCAGGGGCCUGGCUUCUGGAUUCCUAGAAGAACUUGUGUGUGCAUGCUUCGAGAACAGACGGCUCACCGGGUCGUGGGGACUGUCAAGAGUCUGGGGGACCUGGCCCAGAUGAGCGGCUCUUUGCUUCUUGACCUCUGGCUUCCCAGGGGAGCUGUGCACACUGAUCACCCUGGCGGCCUGAAGGACACAUUGAAACACCAGCAGACCAGUUCUCCCCAGUGGAGCCCCAGGAGGAGGGCGGCCUGCCGUUGGCUUUGGCGUGUCCCCUGUGGGGAGCUGCCGGCCACUUUGCCCUUGUUUGAUCAGCCCUUCCUGGAGCCGCAGCAAGCACGUGCGCUCUCGGUGCGCCCAGCUCAGCUGGCCGCGGAUGGCAUGGACGGAUUAGAGAAACAUAGUCUUGUCUCCAGGACUCAUUCCUCCCCUGCUGCCUGCGUUUUACCUCACCCAGCAAUGGACCGCCACCUCCUGCCUGGCUCUGCAACUGGAAUUGCCUAUGAUCCUCUGAUGCUGAAACACCAGUGCAUUUGUGGCAAUUCCACCACCCACCCUGAGCAUGCUGGACGCAUACAGAGCAUCUGGUCACGGCUGCAAGAAACUGGGUUGCUAAAUAAAUGUGAGCGAAUUCAAGGUCGAAAAGCCAGCCUGGAGGAAAUACAGCUUGUUCAUUCUGAACAUCACUCACUGUUGUAUGGCACCAACCCCCUGGAUGGACAGAAGCUGGACCCCAGGACACUGCUAGGUCUCCUUUUCACUACUGGGCUGAUCUGGGUAAACGUGCUGUGGGAGCACAGAGGAGGGAGCUUCCAGAACAGAAAAGAAAGAAGAGGGGUGUGGAGGUUAACUCCAGCAGUGGUGGACAGUGACACCAUUUGGAAUGAGCUGCACUCGUCCGGUGCUGCACGCAUGGCUGUUGGCUGUGUCAUCGAGCUGGCUUCCAAAGUGGCCUCAGGAGAGCUGAAGAAUGGAUUUGCUGUUGUGAGGCCCCCAGGCCAUCACGCUGAAGAAUCCACAGCCAUGGGGUUCUGCUUUUUUAAUUCAGUUGCAAUUACCGCCAAAUACUUGAGAGACCAACUAAAUAUAAGCAAGAUAUUGAUUGUAGAUCUGGAUGUUCACCAUGGAAAUGGUACACAGCAGGCCUUUUAUGCUGACCCCAGCAUCCUGUAUAUUUCACUCCAUCGCUAUGAUGAAGGGAACUUUUUCCCUGGCAGUGGAGCCCCAAAUGAGGUUGGAACAGGCCUUGGAGAAGGAUACAAUAUAAAUAUUGCCUGGACAGGUGGCCUUGAUCCCCCCAUGGGAGAUACUGAGUACCUUGAAGCGUUCAGGACUAUAGUGAAGCCUGUGGCCAAAGAGUUUGAUCCAGACAUGGUCCUGGUUUCUGCUGGAUUUGAUGCAUUAGAAGGCCACGCCCCUCCUCUGGGGGGCUACAAAGUGACAGCAAAAUGCUUUGGUCAUUUGACGAAGCAAUUGAUGACACUGGCUGAUGGACAUGUGGUGUUGGCUCUAGAAGGAGGACAUGAUCUCACAGCCAUCUGCGAUGCAUCAGAAGCCUGUGUAAAUGCCCUUCUAGGAAAUGAGCUGGAGCCACUUGCGGAAGAUAUUCUCCAACAAACUCCGAAUAUGAAUGCCGUUAUUUCUUUACAGAAGAUCAUUGAAAAUUCAAAGCAAGUACUGGAAGUCGGUAAGGACGGUGAGUGUGCCGAGGGGCUGCGCUCUGGCUGGGGCGCAGUUGCAAGAGGAGACAGAGACCGUUUCUGCCCUGGCCUCCCUGACGGUGGAUGUGGAACAGCCCUUUGCUCGAGAAGACAACAGAACUGCUGGUGAGCCUAUGGAAGAGGAGCCAGCCUUGUGAAGCGCCAAGUCCUCCCCAGCCUUCCCCACCCCCGAUAUUUCCUGUGUGUGACAUCAUUGCAUAUCCCCCCGCCACCCCAGCACCCUCAGACAUGUCUUGUCUGCUGCCUGGGUGGCACAGAUUCCAUGGAACAUAAACACUGGGCACAAAAUUCUGAACAGCAGCUUCACUUGUUCUUUGGAUGGACUUGAAAGGGCAUUAAAGAUUCCUUAAAAGUAACCGCUAUGAUUCUAAAGUUACAGUAAACCACCAUUGGAAGAAACUGCUUCCAGAGUGCUUUUAAUAUGCUGGGUGACCCACUCCCAGGCCCAGAGUAUGAACUAGAAACAUCCAGUACAGCGUUAGGUACUGUUAAUUACAGAUGGUAUGACAGCCAGCGAAAUUUUGGGCAAAACCUGAGAAAUCUCAUUCCUGACAUUCUGAUCAGUUUUUUAUUGGGAACUUUUUCGUCAAACAGUCUUAAAUUGUUUACAGGAUUUGCUUUCAGCUAUGAAGGGAUAGCAAUUCCCGACAGAUCACGGGGUUUUUUUUGUUUUGUUUUGUUUGUUUUUGGCCUUUGUUUUAACAUAUGGUUCAACUCUUGCUAGGAAGAGUCCAAGAUGGAGGAACCAGGAUGAGGCUUUUUUCAGUGGAAUAAACCACACUGUAUCUCAAAGUCCAAUGCCAAAGCAACCUCACACAUUUUAUGUAAUGGUGCAAUAUUUUAUAUCACAUUUUUUGAGAAAAAUUACCCUGUUUCCCUAACAUCCCUCUCUGUGUUCUCACACACAGGAGAUUCGCAGUUGAUUUAGGAUGAAGUCUCCUUCCUCCCUCAUACACCCCUUGCCCUGGUGACAGUAGCUCUGAGCAUAUGUUCCACGGAGGAUUUUCAGUGUCUUUGAAAAGUGCAUAACUUUUCAAAGGCCAUCUUAAUUUGUUCCAAAUCUAUCAAGAAUUUAUUCUCUCACUUUUAUUUUUCUGCUUUCCAUCACUUCCUUUCUUCUUGCCUUUCAUCCUUCCUUCCUAUAAAAAAAGACGAGGAUUACCCAUAAUCUCCCCAAUUACUCAGGAGCUUUGAGGACUCAGUUUAUUUUCUUCCUUCCCAGGUUAACACAGCUGCUUGGUCUGAUGCGUUCUUUUAGCUGUAAAACCAUUGAGGGCUUAAGCAGUGUUACUGAAUUUUCUAGAUUUUUGAAAUGUGUUAAUGAAGGCAUUGCUUAUUUGAAGUCACCUUGAAUUGAGUUAACCUUGAAGUUGUGCCUUCAUGUGAAAAAAACAACAUGAACUUAACCUUUACACAUGUUGCCUUAGUGUCAAAGGCUAAAAAUACAGGACAUUUAUUUCUGAGAUUAAAAGCAACUUACUAAAUAUAAGUAGGUUAUCCCCCUACCUCCCAAAAUUCUAUUUCAAUGUAUAACUCAGACACCUAAAGACAUUGAUGUAGAAUACCUCGCAGUAUUUAAUAUCUGACAAUGCUUUCAAAAGAGUUGAUGUUUCUUUUUAUAUAUUUUCCUAACUCAAAGGAUAUAUUAAAGCCAUAAGUGAAGAUUGUCAUGCUUUUAUUCAAAAAUCUGAAAGAAACCUUAAUUAAAACAAGGUUUUAGGGAAGGCCAUGAUAUGAAAGAUAUGGGACAAUAUGGUUUUAGUUAAAGAGGACUCCAACCUGUAAAUCAAAGAUGAAAGAUUUCACUCAAGUAGAAUUAUAUAACUCCCUUUUGUUAUACAGUCAGACCAUAUUUUUCAUGCAUUUGGUUUUUUUAGGAUUACCAUUUUAAUUUUAAAGACUUUUAUUACAUAUACAAAAAUGGCUCAAUACUUGGUUUAACAUCUUAGAAAUUUGAGACACCCUUUGAAAUAGGAAAUCUGAAAUGGAAUGUAACUCAGUAUUAGUUAAAAAUUACUUUCAUUGCAUAAGGGUAAGGUCAAUCUAGAUUCACAAUAGUAAUGAAUUUUUUCCAUGACAUUUUUAGAGAAAUUCAUGCCAAUCAUAUUUGCUAGCUCUUGCUGUUUUUGCUGUAAUUACUGGAGGAGAUUUUACUUAAAGAAACCAAAGGCUUAAAAAAAGAAGACAACCCCCACCCUUUAAAAAGGAAAGCUAUAACAUACGGUAAGUGGAAACAUAAUUGUGACUUUUUAAAAUCAACUUCGUAAUUACAAAUCUCUAUUAUUCCUCUCAGUCCUCCCAGAUAGUUUUUAGAUUUUGAAUAAGAAAAUGAAACAGUAUAAUGCAAACAUACUAAUUUACUGAAGUUUCCUGCAGUUAUUUUACCACAUAUUUAGGCAUAGCCAUCAAUCUGAUAAAGCUAAAUCAGUAGGCCAUCUCCAAGGUUAUUUAGAUUUAAAAUAUGACACAUUAAUGAGUUAAUCACACAUCCUUCCAAGUGAUAUGGUACCCAAUUGGUUGCAGUUAGAGUCUUUAGGAUACAUAGAGAGGCAGAUAAACUAUGGAGAGGAUUAAUCACAGCUGAAUGUAGUUGUAAGAACAGAAUGCCAGCGCUUUUUGAUUAUAUCGUUACAAGAUGUAAUGUAGCCCUCAGGGACAGAAUGGAGGCUUUUGGAGAAUAUCAACACUUCUUUUGAAAUAGAACAGUACUUUUUAAAAGGGUAGUUUCACUUGGUAUAGUUUUCUUCACUUAUACAUUUAAUUUUUAUUGCUCACAAUAGUUCCCAGUAAGAGUCUGUUAGAAAAACUCCUCUCUAAGCAUUACCAAUAAUAUAUCUCUUUCUGAUCCAUGCUUUGAAGGAUAAUCACAUAGGCUUUCUCACAA